AUGAAGCUCCCCUGCGUGACCCUGGGCGCUCUGCUUCUCCUGAUGCUGCUGGGCACCGGCAGCGCUCUCAAGGCCUCCGCCAUCGACCUGCGCACCUUCGUCGGCUGCGCCGUGCGGGAGUUCACCUUCCUGGCCAGGAAACCUGGAUGCAAGAGGCUGCGGGUGACGACGGACGCGUGCUGGGGACGCUGCGAGACCUGGGAGAGGCCAGUGCUGGAACCCCCUUACAUCGAGUCUUACCACCGCGUUUGCACCUACAACGAGACCAAGAUGAUGAGGGUGAAGCUGCCCAAGUGUGACCCUCGUGUGGAUCCCUUCUACACCUACCCAGUGGCCAUCCGCUGUGACUGUGACAUCUGCUCCACUGCCACCACUGAAUGUGAGACAGCAUGA